GGAAAUUUUAGAGAUUAAAGAACCAUUUUAAACCCUUCAAACAAGUUUUGAUGCGCAAACGAAAUUAUACAAAUUCAAAUUACGAAACCUAGUCAUCGUCGCCGGUGAAAUUCAGAACCGGCGCUCGUUCCAGUGUCCAAGAUGGCCGAAGGAGAUGCAACUGUGUCAGCUUCCACAAGCUCCAACCGAGAAGGAGGAUCAUCACUCUGCGAAGAGUGUAAAUCGAAGCCAUCCAAGUACAAGUGCCCCGCUUGCUCAUUGCGCUCUUGUAGCCUCAACUGCGUCAAUGCUCACAAGAGGCACAGUGGCUGUACUGGCAAGAGGAAGCACAUCCAACUCGUCCCGCUUUCUCAGUUCAACGAUUCCAUCCUUCUUUCUGAUUAUAAUUUGCUGGAGGAAGUGAAAAGAAUGGCUGAAUCAGCUCAAAGAUUCAGAAAGAAAUUGUGCCCUUAUACUCAUGCUUACUUUCGCCUACCAUUUCAUCUUAAAAGUUUGGGCACUGCUGCUUCAAGCAGGAGAACAAAAAUCAUGUUUCUCCCUACAGAAAUGACAAAGGGAAAACAAUCAAACUCGACAUGACAAGAGGGAAAAAACAAUCUUCUGGACAAUGGAAUGGCGGUUUAACUCUACAGAUAUUGUUUUAGUUGACCAUGGAGUUAAUGAAAGCUCGAAGCUCUGUACCAUUCUUGAAAACCAUCUACAACCAAGUCCGUGGAAAAAUCAACUUCAGAAGUUCUGUGAGCAGCUGGAUAGCCUCAAAUUUUUUGUCCGUACAAAUCCCAAGGGAGCUACAUCGCCUUUCCGUGAGCUGGACUCGAGAUUGCCAAUUAGACAACUAUUUUACAACUUGGUUUUUGUGGAAUACCCUAUUAUAUAUGUUGUUCUACCCUCUCAAACUCCCAACUUCCAAGUAGUUAAAACGGCCAAUCCAAUGAGUCAUAAUCCAGAAGAUACCAAUACUGGAAAAAAUGAUCUUGCUAGUCAUGAAGGUGUUGCCUUCAGGGUGGAAGAAAUAGAAGAUGAUGACAACUCCUGCAAUCCUCAGGUUCUUGAUCUGUUGAAAGUAUCAACUUCAAGCCCACACCCAAAACCUGCAUGGUGCUACACUGGGGAACCAUGAGUUUGGGAAUGGCCCGAAUUCAAGCUCCCAGGCCGAGGAGCUAGCAGUUCCGAAAGGAUUGGAGUUUGAUUUUGAGCAAGAUCUGCUAGAUACAUGCUCAAAUAUCAUGGCACAAAUCAAUUCAGAUGAUUUUCUUGAUUGGGAAGGAGACUUUUCCAAGGGAGUUGAAGAACUGGAGGAAGGAGAGAUUAUGGAAUAGUGAUUAGCAUAUCGUAUAUAUGUUUUUUUAAUGACAUUUGGAGUGAAACGUUAUUAUUCACAAAUCCCGGACUGCAGGAACUAUAAAGUCAUAUUUGAGGUGAAGUUCUACAAUAUUUACGAGCUUGCCGUUCAUAGUCUGUAUUUCUUUGUUAUUUGGAGAAGUUAUACUCAAGAUAAAAGACAAUUCUACAAUACAUUGGUUGGUGAUAAA